GCGCUCACUCAUCGGCGGGAUCUCGAGUGAACAGUAGCUGUGUUAUUUAACUCGGUUUAGUAUAAUACAACAUUACCACAAUCUCAUAUAUAUAUACAUACAUAUAUCUUCCAUUGGUUGUAAAUAAUAUAAAUAUAUAAUAUUAUUUAGCAGACAAUUAUAAAGACAUCAGUAUCCAGGACAUGUGUCACCGUAAAUAAUUAAGAAAAAAAGUAAAUAUAUAUGUGAUAUAUAUAUACAUAUAAGGUAUUAUCGCGCAAAGACCUUACACGUGGAAGUGCUGGCAGUGUAAACAGUGGUAACCUAGAUUGGUGAGUCAAGCGGAUAUUACUGAUACCAGGAUACCGAAGCCGGCAACCAGCGUUUACUCCAGCCUGCUACCAGACUGUUUAAAGAUGGCGUAGACUGCUGGUGUAUAAAUACUUUGUUUGUUUAUUUCAAAUGUUUGUUUGCUUUUGGUAUCACUUGACCAAGUGCUAGUGGGUAAUUUUAUUUAUAUUUAUAUAUUUAUAUUGCGUGCAGGUAUUGAAGACAGUGCGUGGUAGCAUAGACCGGGAGAGAAGAAACACAGAGAAGAAAUAUUUAAAAUGCCACAGUGUGCUGUUGCAACGUGUCGCAAUAGUCAUCGACGAACUCGAGGCCGACGUAUCCGUUACCAUCGAUUCCCGCAGAUACCGGAAGUGCGUGCGAGAUGGGUACGGGCAUGCGGUCGCGCUCCCCUCUCGAAUGGUGACAUACCCUUCAACAUCCAGACGGCGCGCAUCUGUUCAUUACACUUCACCAAUGACUCGUAUGAGAAGGAUAUGGAGCAUCUAGUACUUGGACUUCCGGUGCGCAGUAGACUGCGUCGUGGUGCUGUCCCGACGAUCGGCGUACCCGUUAACGUGCAACCGGUCACCAAGAUGCUGGUCGAAGAAGCCAAGAGGUCGAUCCUCAAGGUCACUAAUAACAAAAUUAUUUCGGAGCGCAGCAAAAUAGUCGGUGGUAACGACGGUUACUACAACCCGGGAAACCGUCAGUCGAAAAAUACAGAGGAGAAGAAUAAAGGACGCGGUGAAGAUGAUAAUUCUGCAGCAGCUGCUGGAAGAAUAUACGACUAUGGGUCUCAAGAUAGAAGAAAUAACUUUGAGCAGAAGAUGGCGGGGAUGGAUGUUCUACUUGCUCUUGGAUUAAAACCUGCGUCUCGUUUGAACAAGAUGCACGCGAUGGAGUGCGCCUCGAGCCCUGGUAACAAAACCGUAAAUGACAAGAAAGACGAUACUACUGGGGAUUCACCAAAGGUACCGCAGAAUCGUCAGAACGGAGCGGCAUUACCGGAGGAAACUACCACUCCAGCAUCAGUAACAACUGGACGGGUUAAAGUUGAAAGACUUGCCAACAGUUUGGUUAAAAAGGAACGUCAGUCAGACGAUGAGGAUUCCAGUCAAGUUAAGAAGAAAUCGAGAACGGUGGCUAGUAAAGAAACACGCAAGAGACGUUCUACUGACGAGACAUCCUUUUCUACAAAUGGUAAUCCCAAAAGAAUAUGCUUUGAGCAGAGAGAAAGGUUCAUUGACUCUCUUGUUGGCUGCGACAGAAUCACCGCCGAGGAAUUGGCCACCAGAGCAGAUGAGUUACGGGCUGAAGUUCAGGCACUGGAUGAGCUUGCGAGAGCCAAAGAAAUGGAGUGGAAUGAAAUUUUAAGCAUGAGGAAACUGAAAGAAGAAGCUUACCUGAGGGUUGAGAGAAAGAGACAAGUGAUGGGUUAUCUAGAGAACAAUAAUGGUCAGAUAUCUGACAGUUUACCACCAGCGAGUCUUUCGUUGAUGCCUGAGUGGGCUGAGUCCCAUCGAGAUGCCAGUCAAGAACGCCGGGCUCAAGAGACACCAAGUGGUACUGAAGUUAUUCAUGACGAGAGAGUAAACUCGAGAUCCCGGAUAGAAGCAUCGCGUGAAGAUUCUCAGACUAUGGAGGAGGAUAUUUCACCAGGUAUUUCUAAAGGUGAUGAUGAGGUGGCGAAUUUGAGUCAAAAGUCCUCGAGGAAUUCUUCCGGAAUGUCUUCCAAACACAAUCAGCAGCAGCUUAUUGAUGGACGUAAGCAGAGACGUUCUGCUGCUGAGCAAAAUUUAGAUAACAGACAAAUUGGCGAAGGCAGACAAGGACCAAUUGUUGAUGUAAGAUCAAUUAUUGCUGACUAUCGAUUACGUCAUCCAGAGACGGUACCUCGUCGCGGCAGAAGAAUGAGAAAUUCCGUCAAUGUAAAUCUCGGUGCUGGUGGUGCGAUGGUCGAAACAAGUCACGGAGAUUCACGACCAUCGAGCACUGACUCUUGUAAAAGUAAUUCGAAUAUCGGUGAUGUCAACAAUCCCAUGAGUUUCAAAGACGUCCUUGUGCAGUUCGCAAAACUUAGUCAACAGCAGGGUGAACCUGUCAAGACACCGCAAAAUUAUCCAGACGUUACCUUGCAUCCCGUCGCUCCGACGUCUGUCACCAUAAACCCAGCAGCGACUACCCAGCAAACUGGAUCGCUACUCCACGGAAUAUUGACUAAAAAUCAAACUCCCCGACCUACAACAUUCUCGCCAACUCUCGCCAGGUUAUUAACGGCACCGGAGAGAGAAAGAAAUUCAGCGGCAACGGCUGCAGUAAUGAGCCAACAAAUAACCCACGGGCAAAAUCUUCUCCAAGCUUAUCAAGGAACCAAUCCCGUGUCUAUCAGUGAUCUUCUUUCUUCUUCCAAGGCGCGGACAGAAAUAACAAUUACUCCAGUAGUCAACACUCAAAUGCCGUCUACGCACUUGAACAACGUCGUUCAUGUGGAUGAUGUUGAAGAGGACAAUUCUCUUAUUGAUGAGAGAGAUACCAGACGAGGUUCAAGUGCCCGUGAUAAUCGGGAGGAUCGUGAUACCCCACCUCGCUGUCAAGGAUGUCACGACCGUGCUGCUCAGUUUGUUUGUGCUGGCUGUGGUAAUCAAUGGUAUUGCAGUCGUGAAUGCCAGGUUUCCGCUUGGGAUGAACAUUCAGAAGUGUGCUCUGGUUAGCAUUAACAGACAUCUUCUCGACAGUGCUCAUAAUAAAUCGAGAAGAAAACCCCGAAUGGGAAAAUAAAUCUAGUCAGGGGAAAGAGAUAAAAAAAUGAUUUUUUUUUUUAAAGACAAUUACGAGCGUCAUGAUGUUGAUAAGAGUAUUAAUUUAAUUUUAUACGGCCUCCAGUUGAUAAAAAAAUAAGAUUUUUAAAUAUAGACACGUUAUUAUUUUUUUAAUUAGCGUCGAACAAACAAUAUUAUUAUUUUUAAUUUGGAUUAAUACUUUUUUUUAAAUAACAGCCUCAAAAUUUCCAGUUGGGAAGACUAUUUAUAAUUAAUUAUUUUAUUAUAUUGUAAAUUAAGUUUUAUUAUUUUUAUUUGUUAAUCUUUAUUAUCAUUAUUAUUAAUUUUUUAAGUGAAUAUAUAUUUUAAAAAAUGAAAUUUAAGUUUGCAAGCAGGUUCUGGCAUUUUUGAGGCUGAUAAAUUCAGCGGUAAGAAGACUUAUAAAAUUUUUAAACUCGAAUUCUUUUAAAUAAUUUAUGAAAAAUCUUGAGUUUAUUAUUUUUUAAUUUAUUUAUUAUUAUUAUUAUUAUUAUUAAAAUAAUAAUAAUAAAAAUAUUUGUUACCAAGUCUAAAUAUAAUUAAAAUAAUAUAUAUAAGAAAGAUAGAAAAAAAAGCACUUGAUUCAAUGGAAUUGUCGAUGAUAAUUAGAUUUUAAUAAAACUUUUGUAAACUUUAGUAUAUUUUUAAAAAUCGAUAAUUCUUAUUGCGUAAGUGUUAAUUAUUAAUGAUAAGAUAAAAUAAUUAUAUGUUAAUUUAAAAAUAAGGUUCAGUAAAAUUAAAUUUUAUAAUCUUAUAAAUUAUCGAGAUUAUGAAAAAAAAAAAAAAUAAAUAAAACAAGGGAAUGAAAAUUUUAAUCUGUAGUCCAAAGUACCUACAGGUAUAACGUAAGCUUAUAUAUAUAUAAAUAAAAUAAUAUAAAUAUAUAUUUUUUCCCCGUUUAAAAAAUGCAAGACCAAAAUAAAGUUUUCACUCCGAUGAUCAGUUUAUGCUGUAAAAUAUAAAUAAAAAAUUUUUAAAUUUAUUAUCAAUGAAAAAAAAAUUAAUAAAUAAAUUUUAAUUCAAACCCGUUCUUUUUAUUUUUAGUUUUACUGUAAGUGAAAUAAAAGUUUCAAUUAUUGACUUCCGUGAGACUUUCUUUUUAAAAAAUUGCGCUCUGUAUUUUUGAUCGAGUUUACGUCUUCUGGUUCAAAUUUUGACUGUAAUAUGAACUACAAGUUGACGUAAAUUUACAGUCGAAACAGGAAUUCAAGGUGCGGGAAAAAAAAACUAGAAGAGCAAAAGUUAAUUUGAAUCUGACAGGAAAUUGGAGAAUUCAAAAAUAAACGUUGACAGAACAUGUCUCAUUGAUUCGCAGUUGAGUUGUGCAAAAAUUUGAAUGAUCAAAAUUUUACUUUCAAAUUGACUACAAAUUGCUGUCAUCUAAUUGCGCCAUCAAAUUUUUGCAGUAAACUUGAAAUCGCGGUUUAAAAUUUUCGUGAAUUCGCGACCAAAAUAGGGAUGAUCCUGAAGUUAGAGAAAUUUUAAAAUUUUUGAAAUUUAUUCAAAACAAUAAACUAUAAAAAAAAAAAUAUUUUGAAAAAUUGCACUUAUUUUUUUAAAUUUUCUACAGGUGCGUUUUUUUGGAUUUUAUUUGUUGAAAAAAAAAAUCCGAAAAUUUUAAAUUGUCUGCUGACUUCAGGAUCAUAAAUAGGGACCAGAAAAAAUUACAAACUGUUUUCAUGUUACCGGCAGUUGGUUUAAAAAAAUACUCAAGUAAACAAAAGUAACAAACGAAAACAAAGAAAAUUAAAGAAACAAAAAAAUAUUUGAAUCAUUUGAAAUAAUUAUUAUUGUACUAAUGAUCAAUAAAAAAUGUCUAAAUUACAAGACAAUUUACCAGACCUCGUUUCUCUUACAGAAGCUGCUGGUCUAAAUAUGUCACCAUCAGUUUUAAGAAUUAUUUGUGAGUUACUGGACCUAGGAGUUGCUCCAGAAGAUAUUUAUAAAAUUUUAAAAGAUUUGUCAGUACCACCACAGACAGAUGAAGCUGGAAGUUCAACCGCGUAAUUCAUAAAUUUAAAAACACGUUUAUAUUAUAAGUAAAUAUUUAUUUUUAUUUAAUACAAUGUACUGAAAUAUAUAAUGUCUUUAUAAUAGUAAAA